CCAGAUUAAAAAAAAACAUUUCAGUGAGAAGGUCGGUUUUCAACUGUGCGGGUGUCUUUCGCCAAUAAUUGCUGCAAUCAAUUGCCGGAACCUUACAUCGAAUUGUUCAGUCGGGUGUGGCCUGUGCACAAUCGGCACGUAUUCAUCAGCAAAAUGGGCCGGGAUCGCUUACAUUCCAUGAUAAUGAGACGAGAGUUUGCGGCAUCUGUCGAGUCGCUUGCCCCUCAGCAUGAGUACGGGACAUUGCUCAACCAGAGGCAGAUUAUCCAGGAUCUCGGUCAGUUCACGGAAAUUUUCCGUUGGAUCCGUGAUUUGCAGCAGAAUGUCCUUGACAUCGAGAAAGAGCUUUUUGGCGGUGGGUCCAUCAAGGCCAGUCAAAAGCUGGGCGCUAAUGCAAGGCUGUGCGAUAAGAUUCACUCUGCCGUCAGACGACUGCAAGAGGAUUUGCAUAAUCUGAAUCAGCAGAAAGCCGAGGGAAAUGCAGAGUCAAGUGAAAAUAACGAUAUGGUUAGUAAAGUGCGGCACAUACAGUUUGAAAGUGUCAAAGCUGCUUACUAUGAGACGUACUGGAAGUUUCGGAAAUUGGUGAUGCAUUACGAGCAAGUGGUGAAAAAGUGCGAUCAAAUCGCAACAUCGCAGCUAAGCCUCAUCUCGAAAUCACAGUACGACGUUUCGCAACCGACAGCCAAUUUAAACUACGACGGACUAGACGCCAAUCAGCAACCGUCUCGACGCCACACUCUACACGAAGAAACUGAAGUACCCAAAAACGAACAGAUUCAUCCCCCGAGGUGCACCACAAUCAUUAUUGAGGACAACGCAGCGGAAAUCCUCCAAGCCGUCGAGGAACGCCACCAGGAGCUGCGGGCGCUGGAGAAAACGCUUGUCGAUAUGCGCGAUGUAUGGGUACUGUUUUCAACCCUGGUGAUGCAGCACGGCAGUAUGCUUAAUGUCAAUCAGACGGAAUCCAAAGUUCAGCACGCGUCCAAUCGAGUGGCUACUGCUGCAGCGGCUACUAAAGAGGCCCACUACUACUACCGGAACACAGGCGGCACUACGUGUUGCUGCAUCAAUGUGUUUCACUGUUUGUUGGUGUUGUUGGCCAUAAUGGUGACGAUGGCUGUUUAUUUGGCGUUGAAAAAGUUCGUUAAAUGAUCCGGUG